AAAAUAAGGUAAUACCAUAACAAUUAAAUGGUCCCUAAAAUGUCGUCAAAUUGCAGACGCUUUGCUUUAGCUGAAAAGUUAUUAGCUGUACUGUACUGUAGAACGACCAACAUUUGAACGGUUUGGUGUUAUAUACUAUAGUAUUGGAAAAGUGAUUAAUUUGUGGAAUAAGUUGAUAUCAGCAGAUGUGGAGGCUGGUACUUUGAAAGAGUUUAUUUCCUGAAAAAUAAAGGAUGUAUUUAAAUGUUAUUUUUUUCUCAGAGGUAGGUUUCUAACAUUUUGGAAGAACAACAAGAUGAGAAUAUUUCAUUGUUUGUUGAGAAGACCAUGUUUGAAUAAUUUGCAGGUACAUCCGUAUCAAAAGUAUUCAUUUAUUUGCAGUCACCUCCCUACACGUCAGUUUUCUCAAGCCCAUGAAAUGUUUAUAUUGCUGAACACUAGGACCUUUUAUUCACAAACAUUAAGAAAUGCUCCCGAGAAAUUUUUACAAACGAUGUCUAACCCUUUGCAUUCAUGUGUGCAUUUUAUGAGUGGAUCUGGAUCUGAACAUGUAGAUUUAAAGAGGUGGAAAUUAAUAAAACGACUCUUUUCAACUUUUUUAUUUGGUAGUACAUUGAUAAUAACUAUCUUUGUCAAAAGAAAACGACAGAAAAACAUCAGAGAACUACUACAAGACUGUGAUGUCCUACCCCAUGAUUCAAACUACUCAGAGAAUAUGGUCUUUACAAGCUACAAGGGCUAUAUUAUUCCACAGAAUCUUUUUCUAAAGGGUAUUAUGAGAGACCUGAUGGGUUUUAAAGUACGUGAAGAUGAUAUUUUUGUAGUUUCUUUUCCCAAAACAGGAACAACUUGGGUUCAAGAGUUGGUUUAUGUCAUAGCAACAGAUCUGGAUUUCAAUGCAGCUCAAGCAAAGAAUCUUGAACAGCGAUUUCCAUUCAUAGAGUUUUUCUAUCCUGGCCUAAAAAUCAUAGAGAAGACGUCUUCCCCUCGUUUCUUGAAAAGCCAUCUCCCAUACACAUUACUUCCUCCAGAAGCACAGCAGAUUAAACCAAAAAUAGUGUACAUAAUGCGUAACCCUAAGGAUGUUUUGGUUUCAUAUUACCAUUUUUUACGCAUGGUGAAAGAAAUAAGUUACAAAGGUUCUUUUGAAGAAUUUUUCAAAAGCUUUCUUGAUGGUAAAAUUCCUUAUGGACCCAUAUGGAAACAUUACCUAGAAUGGUGGGAACACAGGAAUGAUGAAAAUGUGUUGUUUCUUUUUUAUGAAGAUCUUCACAAGGAUAUUGUAGCAAGUGUGAAGAAGAUUGCAGAUUUUCUUGGAAAAUCCCUUACUGAAGAAGAAAUAGAAAGAAUUGCUUACCACUGUUCUUUUCAACAAAUGGCUAAAAAUCCUUCUGUCAAUUAUUCACACUGGGAUGAUCUCGAUGUUCGAAACAAGAAUGAAGCUGAGUUCAUGAGGAAAGGAAUUGUGGGCGAUUGGAAAAAUUACUUUACUAAAGAAAUGAAUCAAGUCAUGGACGAGUGGAUUGAAGAGAAGUUCCAAAGUGAAGAAACUGGGUUAUUUUUCUGUUAUGAUUUAUAAGAUACUUUUAUCCAAUAAAUGAGCUUAAUAAUGUAUCAAAUAACUAAUAACAGAAUUAUUGUAUUUCAUCAACAUUUUUAAAAACUGAAUAUCAAAGUAGCUUUCAUGUGAAAAGUUUUAUUAACAUAUAUACAGUACUUCAAGAGGAAGUUUUAAUUGAUUUAUAAAAUGCUGGAUAAACUUUUAGCUUUGAAUUACUAAUCACAGAUUUAUGAUUUGUUAGUCCUCUACUGUAUAAAUGACACUUUAAAAUAGUACAAUUUUGUGAUUCAUAUUAAAAGUUUAAGAUAUGUCUAGUUGUAUUUCAAUUUUUUAAAACUUUUAUAUCCCAUCAGACCAAACACAAUUUGUGAUGUCUAUUAUUUAAAUACAAUGUAAGUGGACACGUAAUCUUAGGAAUUGGGAAACUUUAUUAGUAAUUAAAAGUGACAAACCUUUUGAAACUUUUAAUAGCAUUGCUAUAUGUUUUCAAAAAUCACAGUUUCAUCUGCUUGUAUUUAGAUAAUGUGAUAUUAUAGCAUGCAUAAACUUUAAAAAUAAGUUGACUGGGUAAUUGCUAACAUGGAUCAUUAGCUAUCCCUGUAUAUAAGAAAAUCUUUAUUUUAUUCAACAAUCUGAUAAUACAAAUUGGAUCAAAGUACCGAUACAAAAAGAACAAAAAAAUUGUGUAUCUUAGCUUUUCAAAAGUCUAACAAUUGACACCAUUCACCUGAAUCUGCCAGCAGAUGCAUCAUAAGUACAAUAUUAAUAUUUUACCUGAAAAUUUCAAAUAAGAGUAUAACCAUGCUGAAUUGUCUUUAACAAACAAGUGAGAUAAACUUAUCGUCACAAUAAAAUGAAAGCUAGUCACUUGUAAAUCACCUCAUAAUUUAAUUAAUACUUAUCCAAAUUCAGGUAAGUAUUAUACAAUAACUAUCUCUAUUGAAGUGCUUUGGCACUGGUUUAUCAUUUUUGUUUACAUUGAGGGAUUUCAAUAUUGCAAAAGUGUUCAAUUUAAACAUAAUA